AGGAAAAAUAGCAAAAUUUCAAAAAAAAAAUGUCUUCAGAUCCUUUUUUUGUUACUCCAAAAAUCAAAAAACGUAAGCCUAUGACUUCUGGGGAUGUAACAUCAAACGGAAAAAAGGUUAAGACACAGAACGGAGAAAACAUUCCUCAAACUAAAGAAAGGGUGACGCGAAGUAAAAAAAAGCUAGCUGAUGAAAAAAUAGAUCAAGAGAAAAAUUUAAGUAGUGAAGAUGAAAUUGGGCCUGGUGGUAUCGAUGAUAUGGAUUUUGAUAAUGAUAAUGACGAGGAAGAAAAAAGUGACGAGGAUGAGAAUAAUAUGGAGACUCCAACAGAGAAGAGAAGACGACUUGCUAAACAGUAUAUAGAAUCUGUUAAGAAAGAAUUAGAUGAAGCUGAAUUUGAUGCGGCAGAAAUUGAUCGAGAUUUAAUAGCGGAACGUCUCAAAAAGGACGCGUUAGAACAAACAGGUCGCGCUCAUCGUAUAAUAGCAGAUACAUUCUCUUUUCCUAUUGAAGAUUCUAAUGUAAAAUCUGGUCGUCACGAACUUACAGUUACAUGUGUUGCCGUAGCAGAAAAUGGACAAAUCUUUUAUACAGGAUCAAAAGACGCUUCUAUAAUAAAAUGGGACUUGGUAUCUGGCAAAAAAUUGCAUACAUUUCCAGGAGGUCGAAAAGAAGUAAAGAACUUUGAUGGCCAUACAAAUCACGUUUUAUCAUUAGCUAUCAGUUCAGAUGGAAAAUAUCUGGCAAGCGGUGGUAUAGACAAGAAAAUCAAUAUAUGGUCUGUGAAAGAGAAUAAGUUAUUAAAGUGCUUUACACAACAUAAAGAUUCUAUAUCUAGUCUUGCUUUUCGCAAAGGCUCUAAUCAACUUUAUAGUGCUUCGUUCGACAGAACCAUUAAAAUAUGGAAUAUAGAUGAAUUAUGUUACGUUGAUACUCUGUAUGGUCAUCAGGAUCAAAUUAUGAGUAUUGACACGCUUUCACGCGAAAGAUGUGUUUCUGCGGGCGCUCGAGAUAGAACUUGUAGAUUGUUUAAAGUUAUCGAAGAAAAACAGCUAAUCUUACGCGGUGAUGUGAAAGUUGUAAAAAGAGAUAAUCAAACAUUUAUGGAGGAUAGUAUAGAUGUCGUGGAAAUGAUUGACGAGGAUAAUUUUCUCUCUGGUGGUAAUAGCGGUACCAUCUCUUUAUGGAAUAUAGGUAUAAAGAAGCCGAUCUUUGUAUACCGUUUAGCACAUGGCAUAGAAAGUGAAGGCACGAUACCUUUAGCAUAUUGGAUAACCUCAUUAGCUAUAAUUAAAUAUUCUGAUUUAUUUGUUUCUGGAUCAUGGGAUGGCAAUAUUCGAUUAUGGAAGAUUGCAAAUAAUUUUAAAUCUUUUGUUCCUUUAACGCAAAUAACGAUGAUUGGUUUUGUAAAUUCAUUGAAAUUUGCGACUGUAAUUGAUGAAAAAGUUUUUCUUUUAGCUGGAAUAGGACAGGAACAUAGAUUAGGCAGAUGGCAAAAGAUAAAGAAAGCUAAGAAUGGGUGGAGAUUAAUUGAACUUCCUCUCAAAAAGAAAGAAGAAUAAUACCUAUUUUCCUCUUAUGAUUAAUAUUACUUUUUUCUGAGGGCAAACCCUUUUGAACACUUUAUUUAUUGUAAGCGAUCAUACUUUUAAUUCUAAAUUUUAUUAUGAUGUAUAUAACUGACGCUUAGAAUAUUAAUUAGAUAAUAUUAAUAUCCUUAAAUAUAUUGAAUUCUUUAAUCAUAUAUUUAUUUAAUGAUCAAUGAUAUGCAAUUAGAACAAAAGGCUUUUUUGAAUUAUUUCUUAUAUUACAGCGAAUGACUUAUCAAAAUCUUGAUCAAUUAUUUUAUUAUGAUCUUGGUUUUAAAACUUUCGCUAAGAAUAAAUUCCAAUCUUUUUUUUUUUAUUUACCGAUAAAUUAUGGAUAAUUUAUUGGGAAAAGAAAAGACACAUUUAAUUCACCAUCAUAACAUUAUAACUAAUUAGGAUUCAGU